GUAAAGGCGGAGUGCGGCGGGCUGGUUGCUCACUCCUGAAGACGACACCGUGGUGGCCGUGACUCUUCUACCUGCUCCUCCACCCAUCACACACAACACACCUCAAGAUGAUGACCCGUCAGAUGAUUGGUGCAGCCCUGGUGACGCUGCUGGCCACCUCCCUCGUCACCUCCACCUUCGCCGCGUCUGUGGAGGCGCAGGAGGCGCAGGAGGCGCGCAAAUUCGUCUCUAAGCCCAACGAUAUCAAGAAGCAGCAACAGCUGCAGCAGGCUAACGUUAAGAAGGAACAACUGCCUAAUGACGGAGGGUUCAAGUGGGGUAACCUCCUGGGCAUGGUGAUGCAGCUCUUCAUCGGAGGACCUCAUGCUGGACCCAACGGCGCUUCAGACAAGAUGGACUACCUCACCCAGCUCACGACAGGAGAGUUCUCGUGGUCCAAGUUGUUCUCCCUGGGUGUCCAAAUGGUGCUCAGCGUCUUGGGAGGAGAUAAUGGUGCCAUUGACAAGAUGGACGGUGGAUCUCCAGUUGAGGGCAUCCUGACUGCUGUCAUCUCCUACCUCACCGGCUCCAACGACCCCAAGGAAGUGGGCGUGAUGGCCAAGCAGGCGUCUGAGCUGUUCGGUCUGGUGGUGACCCUUCUUGAUGCCCUGCGCACCAGCUUCUCCCAGAGGUCCUUCGAGGCCAGGAGCCUCGGCACCACUGAUCCCCUCGCUGACGCCGCCGUCGCCGCCACCACCAUGUUCAAAAGCUACAUCAAGACCUACGAGACCGAGGACGACAUCUGCAUGCAGAAGUACCUGUGUGAGGCCAACUCCGACUGUGUCUACGGCACCGGCGACACUGGAUACCUCUUCUGCCAGAUGGGAACUUAUGGCGUGAGCUACUUCCUGGAGCGUUCCACCUACACUCCCUUCGAGAUCUACAAUGACGCCGGCAGGAGGGGACGAGUAGGCGAAAACUGCCAGGAGAUCUUCAAUGAGUGUAACGACUUCUAAAAACUGGUUGAUGCAGGUGCGAGAAGCUUGUGGCUGGAGGUAGCCUCGUCCACCGGCCAGCACAUCACUCUCCGCCAGGAUCACCCACUUGCCCCCCAAACUCUCAAAAGAUCAGUGUCUACCUUCAUAUUCAACUGACCCACGCUACAUGUUGUAGAUAUUUUUUUAAUUUACAGCCAUUACUGUAAGGCUGCAAUAUAUUUAUUAUUUUGACUGGAGCUCUGAAGUUCUAGAUGACAUAGGCAUUGACCAUUACAAGGCCCACAACACACCCACACGGCCUAACCAACGCACCUCAAUGCCAACCAUCACUAUAAUGGUUACCGGCGCACCCUUUAACUAGACAUUGUUACUCGUUUGUCCAAGUUAGAGCUAUUUAUUUUACAUUUAUUUAAACAAUAUAUAUAUAU